ACUCCCAUGCUACUUGUCAGACCUGAGCGACAGUGAGUGAGAGAGGGUGGCUCUGAGAAACAGGCAAGCUCCCUACUGGGACCUGAGCUGCUACUGCUGGCCAUGCCCUGGACUCUCCAGCCAAAGUGGCUGGCAGGCAAGGGACUGCCCCUUCUUGGAGUCAUACUGCUACAGAAGACAGAAAAGAGCGAACCACAAUGGAAGCAUAGGCGGCAGGAAACUCACCCGUACUACGACCUUCAAGUGCAGGUGCUGAGGGCCAGAAACAUCCAGAACACAGAUAAGUUAUCCAAAGCCGACUGCUACGUUCGACUACAGCUGCCCACGGCUUCUGUUAGUCCCAGUCAGACAAGGACAGUGGCUAACUGCAGUGACCCAGAGUGGAAUGAGACCUUUCACUAUCAGAUCCACGGUGCUGUGAAGAACGUCCUGGAGCUUGCCCUUUACGACGAGGAUGUCCUGGACAGUGACAAUGUCUUCUCCAUUCUGUUUGACCUGAGUACUCUCCAGCUAGGCCAGCCUUGCACAAAAACCUUCACCAGGCAGCAGGAUCCAAAAGAGCUGGAAGUGGAAUUUACUCUGGAAAAGAGUCAGACGCCUGCAACUGAAGUUGUCACCAAUGGUGUCCUGGUGGCUCACCCCUGUCUGAGAAUUCAGGGCACAGUCACCGGAGACAAGUCAGCCUCCCUUGGAAAGUUCGGUUCCAGGCAGAUCCAGCUGGCAGUGCCUGGGGCCUAUGAAAAGCCACAGCCUUUGCAGCCGACCACGGAGCCAGGCCUCCCAGCGAACUUUACCUUCCAUGUGAACCCCGUGCUGAGCCCCAAGCUGUACAUAAAGCUGCAAGAAAAUCUCCAAGUUUUACAUAGCGAUCCAAGUGAUGAGCUGGAGGCUCAGACCAGCAAGACAGACAAGGCAAGCAUCCUGCUCUCCUCUCUGCCCCUCAACGAGGAGUUAAAACUCGUGGACCUGGAGGAGGGCCAGCAGGUGACUCUGAGGAUGAAGGCAGACAUGAGCAGCUCUGGGGCCUUGGACCUGCGCCUUGGUUUUGAGCUCUGCGAUGGGGAGCGGGAAUUUCUGGACAAGAGGAGGCAGGUGGCAUCCAAGGCCCUGCAGCGGGUGAUGGGAUUGAGUGAGGCUCCACGCUGCAACCAGGUACCUGUGGUAGCUGUGUUAGGCUCUGGGGGUGGAACCAGAGCCAUGACUUCCCUGUACGGCAGCCUGGCCGGGCUGCAGGAGCUUGGUCUUCUGGAUGCUGUGACCUACCUGAGUGGGGUUUCCGGGUCUUCCUGGUGCAUCUCUACACUCUACAGUGAUCCAUCCUGGUCCCAGAAGACUUUGCAGGGCCCCAUUAAACAUGCCUUGGCUCGAGUCUGCAGCAGUAAAAUCGGGGUGCUGUCCCUAAAGCAGUUUAAAUACUACUUCCGGGAAAAGAGGGCCUGGGAGAGCAGAGGCCACAGCAUGUCCCUCACUGACUUUUGGGGCCUCAUCAUUGAGUAUUUCCUGAACCAGGAGGAAAACCCCGCCAAGCUGUCAGACCAGCAAGAAAUGGUCAGCCAGGGUCAGAACCCAUACCCCAUCUAUGCCAGCAUCAAUGUCCACAAAAACAUCAGUGGGGACGACUUUGCAGAGUGGUGCGAGUUCACCCCCUACGAGGUUGGUUUCCCCAAGUACGGGGCUUACGUUCCCACGGAACUCUUUGGCUCUGAGUUCUUCAUGGGCCGGCUGCUGCAUUUCUGGCCAGAGCCCCGCAUCUGUUACCUGCAGGGUAUGUGGGGAAGUGCUUUUGCAGCCAGCCUGUAUGAGAUCUUCCUGAAGCUGGCAGGCCUAAACCUGAGCUUUCUGGACUGGCACAGGAGGAGUGUCAGUGUCACAGAUGACUGGCCAAAGUUACGGAAGCAGGACCCCACACAGCUACCUACCAGGGUCCUCACCCCAAAGAGUUUCUUCUCUCAGGCUGUGCUGAACAUAUUCACGUCCCGCAUUACUUGUGCCCAGACCUUUAACUUUACCCGAGGUCUCUGCCUGUACAAAGACUACACAGCUAGAAAGGACUUUGUGGUCUCUGAAGAUGCAUGGCAUUCACAUAACUACAGAUCCCCUGAUGCCUGUCCCAACCAGCUCACACCCAUGAAGGACUUCCUGUCCCUAGUAGAUGGAGGCUUUGCCAUCAACUCGCCAUUUCCACUGAUCCUGCAGCCACAGCGGGCUGUGGACCUCAUUGUGUCCUUUGACUACUCCUUGGAAGACCCUUUUGAGGUCUUGCAGGUGACAGAGAAGUACUGCCGGGACCGAGGGAUCCCCUUCCCAAGGAUUGAGGUGGACCCCAAGGACUCUGAAGACCCCCGUGAGUGCUAUCUGUUUGCCGAGGCGGAGGACCCCUGCUCACCCAUUGUGCUGCAUUUCCCUCUUGUCAACAGGACCUUUCGCACGCACCUGGCCCCAGGUGUGGAACGACAAACGGCUGAGGAGAAGGCGUUCGGGGACUUUAGCAUCAAAGGGCCAGACACCGCCUAUAGCACGAUAGACUUCACCUAUGAGCCCAAGGAGUUUGAUCGCCUGGUGACCUUGAGCAGAUACAAUGUCUUGAACAACGUGGAGACCAUCAGGCAGGCCCUCCAGCUGGCUCUGGACCGGCGGCAGCAGGCCGGGGGAAGGGUUGGGGGCUGAUGAGAUGUGAGUCGGAGGACUGCAGUGGAGAUGUGAUGGAGGACCUUAAACCAGAGUAUGCUGAGGGAGAAGGAAGACUUUAAGCAGCUUCUGUUUUCCACUUCUCCUUCCCAGAGAAGAUGGGACACUGUCUCUCUCUGAGUGCUUGGGGGUCCUGUGCAGGAGAGAACAGAGUUCAUAUUAUAUUGGGGUUUAGAGAGAGCCAGGCAGCAGCUUCAUCAGGGGGCACACCCCCACCCCCACCACAGAAGGACCUCUGGAAAGAAUCCAGGCACUCAGGGCUUCACCACAGAGCUGUGGGCUGAGGAACCAGCUGCCCUUACACUGAUGCAGAACUACAGCUGCUCACACUUCCACAGAGUGGCCCAGCUCCAACCCACUCCAAAGCCCCGGACUCAGUGAUGUCGAGAAUAAACAGCAGCUAUGUGGGUCGCCAGCCUGUGUCACUGA